AUGGCCUAUUCAUCAAAGCUUCAUCCGGCUACUCUUGUCACAAACAUCAAGAAAUGUGUUCCUAUUGUUCUUGAUUAUGACGGUUCGCAGACGAUUUCCAAUGACUUACUCAAUUCCAUUAUCGAUUUGGAUGAUAAAGCGGUUGAUACUUGGAAUCAUUUGGAAAUUUUUUUCCACAAUAAUAAGUCGGCUAGGGCAUUACAAUUGGAUGCUCAAUUCACAAACACAAAGCUUGACCAAUUUGAUGGUGUCACACCUUAUUGCAUUCGUCUCAAAACCCUUGCCGAUAGUUUGAAGAAUGUAGGAGAUAAGGUCUCUGACAAUCGAAUGACUCUCCAACUGUUGAAUGGUCUCUCGACGGAGUAUAAACACUUUCGCACAUUCGUUCGUCAUCUUAACCCUCUGACAUCCUUUGAUACCCUACGAUCCAUGCUCGAAUUGGAGGAGCAAGGAAAUGCUAUAGAUGUUACAUCUGAACCACUUGAGGAGGCACACAUCUCUACUGCCUCACAAAACACCACCGAAACCCCACAAAAUUCUGCUCAAAACCAUGGGUCUAAAUCGAUUGGUGGUGGCUGGAAGUCAAGCAAGGGCAAAGGUGGAGGAAAAGGCAAGGGUGGCGGCUCAGGGAAGCAGAAACAACAGCAGCAGCCAUGA